AUGAAUGCCCCCAGUGGCCCGACCCGCGAGGCUUACAAGCACUCGAUGGAGGAAUGGCGCCAGCAAGCUCUAGCUCAGCGCGACCAGUACCAACCGAGGGUGCAAGACCAGAUCAACCGACUGUUCCAUGAAUACUCCCCUCCCUUCUACGUCUCGCUCAUCGGGUACAAGCGCGAUUGGAACCUCCUCGUCGCGACCUCUAGAGUUUCCGGAUUUGCGUCGACUCUCGGGCGAGAGCUCGAGGACCAAGAGGUUAAAGCAAUCGCCGAGUACACCCUCAACAACAUCCACAACAAUGCCGCCGCCAAGUACAUCACCGUCGGACUCGCCGCAUACAUGACCUACCGAGGCCGCCACACCUGGCAAUUCCCAUUUUACAAGCCCAAGCUAGGCGGUCGAUUCAACCCCAACGAGGCGACGAGCAUCUUUACCAACAAAAAGAUCCGCGGUCGAUACCCACGAUUCACAUGGCACACACUGCGAUUUACAGCAUAUGCCGCCGUCACGAUGCUCAUGGUUGAGCCCGUCUUCCGCACUGUCAACUUUAUCCGAGUCGAGAGCGCCAUGGCGCAGGAUUCAAGGCUAGAGCAGUUCACCAAGGAUGCAAGCAAGCGAGUCGAGCAGGUCAUGGCCAAUCCUACUUCGGCAAGGGUGCCUUUCAAGAACAAUACACCAAAGGAAGAGGGUUCGUGGGGCAACGAAGAUACCGAUCGCUCAGACCAGCCUCGCUACAACAUUCCCUGGAACAGAACACAAGUCCCUACACAGCAGACACAGGAGAGCCAGUCUGAUGAUCAUGAUUGGGAUGUCCUCGAUGAUGAUGAUGCCUCGCCCGUUGCCUCCUCCGCUCGAAAUCAGCCCGUCAGCUCCGUCUCUGGGUCAGCAUGGGAUCGCAUUCGACAGCAGUCUCAGCAGCCUCAGACUCAACAGGAACCUCGUGGCUGGGCACCAAAAUCAGAGCCGCAGAGUUGGGGAAGCUCUACAAAUUCUAGUGACAGCUACUCGUUCAGCAGUUCGGACGAGGAAAAGUCCCUGGCUAAAGAACAAGCCCAACAAGAGUUUGACAAGCUUGUCGAGAGGGAGAGAAGAGGCGUCGAUGAAGAUAAGUGGGGACGUAGGUAA